UGCGCAUAAAAACAAGGCCUUUGAGAUUGGCUAAUGCUGGCAACGUUGUGCAUGCAACAAAGUCAAGUCACGUUCAAGCAGAAGGCGAGUCAGCCGUCAGCGUUUCGCGCGUUUUCUGGAUUUACCGCAGCAGAGUUUGCAGCGACCUCCGUUGUGGUAUUUUGUUCCUCGGAGGCAUGCCCUCGGAAUCGGAAAAAGGAGGUGAUCAAUAUGCAGUCGUCAAGUUUCCAGAGGAAGGCAACUCUGUGGCUCUUGUACAUACCAAGUGGCUGCAUGGCGAUGUCUGCUUGUGGCCACAGGAUUCCAAGAAUGUUUCGUAUUUAGCAAAAUGUGGAGCCUCUCCAUCCUCCAACUGGCAAGUCGUGCCAUGUGUGCCCAUAGGCACAUUCAGAACAUAUGAUGCAGCGCGACAAAAGCUCAAGCAAGCUGAAGAUGGGUCAGACUUGGGGAGUGAAGUGGACCUGGGACGGGGCAAAAGAAAAAAGCAACGAAGAGCCCUUAGCUCAAGUCCGGAAAGUGUGCAGCGACUACCACUUCCACCGCCCUCUAUGAUGAAAAAAGCACAGAAGAGGGAUGGGAGACGCAUUCACAAGCAGUCAUCACUUGCAUCAACAUCUAGGGCUAAUGAUCCCAAUGUUUGCAGUGAUCAAGGCGCAGUGCAAUGUGCACAAAUGUGUGCUAGCGAGACUUCAGAAUCUGAGGGUGAGGCUGAGUCUGGAGGUGAACAAGAUGCAAUGCAAGAAUCAUCAGGCAUUAAAAGAUCGUCCACAGCUCACUCUUUGAUGAAAAGAGCAAGCCAAAUGGGAAAUACACAGUGCAACAAUGAGAAGUGGCAUUCAAGUCAGUCUGUUGCACCUAUUUCAGAUGAUGGCAUUAAGCAGGUGAUCAGGCUUCUACAAACGGUAAUCUUGAGAGUCGAGCACCUGGGAAGCCAACUAGACGUAAUAAAAGCAAAGCUUUGUGACCAACAACUGCAGCCUGAAGCAGAUUUGUUAGAAAAACCAUUUUGUGACAUCACGGAGUUCGAACUGUUUGAUCAAGGCCUCUCAGAAAGUGAUGCAAUGAAGUCAAAGUUGGUAAGUGUUUUUAGUGGAGUAUUGUUAUACACGAAUUUGAUAAGCGUGAGGUUGACUGACAUAUCUCACGGUAAACUUUUCCAGGUUUCUAUGUAUGAAAUAAGCAAGUAUCCUUGCUUGUAUAUGUAGAAGGUUUUAUGUGCGCUGCAGUUCUUAAUUCCAGGUAGAAAAACGUUUUUUUUUUUCUUCAUGUACCCAAAGGCCCUUUUACAGGCAUUACAUAGGGGGUUACAUAUUACAUAACAUCACGGGGAAUAAAUAUUGAAAAUAUACAAGCGUGAAAUGUACCUGGCUUUUUGCACUUAAAAAACAAAAUGUAAUGUAUAAUAGCCAUAUCUUAAGGGACUAAUUUUGUGAACAGUGUACUUGUAUAUUCCUCAGAUCCAACAUAACACAGUACCUUUCAAAGUCAGUAUUUAUGUCAACUGGUCUUUUGCAAACCUGAAAAUGGUUGUUUCCUUGAACAGAUGGUGUGAGCAAUUACUCAUAUCAGCAACUCGUGUGCGUGGACAAUGAGCCCAUUUCUACAGUUUUCUAGUGGCAUUACCACUAGAAAGCUUCUACAUGCCACUAUGUAUUUGCAUGACUACAUAUCUAGUGGCAUUUAAAAUGUACUGCACAUUCAUAAUUUUUGUCAUUGAUGGUACAGCAGUACAUAAUGUACAAAGUUUCAAUCGUCUGAAAAGCUGGUUGCUACAAAAGGAUUACACGCUUGACAUAUGCUGCCACCUGCACUCGGUUUUCCAUUACACCAAAUAUAUUAGCCUAUCACUUCCGGUUUAUUUAUGAGAAGGAUGAAAGUUGUCCAUGGGUGUGGACAGUCAGACUGAAAAGGGUAUAGCAAUGAUGUUAAAGGUUUUUGCAGUGCCAUUGUAGUGCUUAAGUGCAUAAAUGAAAUAAAACAAGACUACUACUUUGCCUGUCAUUUGGAAUUGCAUUGAACUUUUUUGUGAGAUACUAAGCGCUGACCUCUGAGGUAUAAAACACCGAUGAAAACAUAGUGCCAUGCUAGAAACUUGUAGCAUGUUUGGUAUAAGAUGUAAAUCUUGUUUAGGAUUCUUUAUGCUUUAAAAUCUGCAAUCAUGUUUUAUUGAACCUUGCACUGCAGCCUGAAACUCGCUUUCACUCAGUGGGUGGCUUGAAAAUUCACCUGCUAUAAAAAAUUGCUUAGUGUUCUUUGAAAUGUUGGUAUUCCUGUAAUGGUAUAAAACCUUGUAAAUUCCAGGUACGGGAACUCGCUGCCUUAGGAGGAAGAAAUGUUAGUUUGUCUACGCGUCGCAUUCUUGAAGCCCUGAUGACCCAGGAAGUGGCUGUUCAAUAUAGUUGGCUCGGACAAAAAGGAAAGAAGAAGUUCUUGUCGUUGACAACCUGCGACUUGAUAUAUAGUAAGUACACUUCAGUAUCCUGUUUCUGCUUUUGGCAAGUUUCUUCCCCUUCACCCUGCAGGGAAAUGGACUUCUAGCGUUAAACUACACACAUAAUGUAGCUAUCAGCAGGUUGCUGUGGUGCACCAGGAUAGUUUUCUAAGGCCCUUCAACGCCUUACACCUUUAAGGAGUACUUCUGCUAUUGACUUAUAAUCAUUUUUUAAUUUUGUCUCGACAAGAACUGCGUGUGCACAUUGCCUGAAUACCAAAUAAGCUCACAUUAAAGAGAGCAUGUGUACGAUUGAGCCACUUUCUGUGAAGAACCACAUAGGUGCAUCAUGCGUAAUAUAAAUUGAACAAGUGCUACCUGUUGGCUGAUAAUAUAAUCAGGAGGGCUACACUGGGUGCACACAACACCUUCAAAGGCCAUGUGUGGUUUCUAGCCACAUGUCUGAAACAUGCAAGUUGUGAAGUUUGAAUCUUUCUCCACUAUUAAGCCGACACUAUUUGCUCUUGCUAUAUAAAAUAUUUCAUCACUGGCCUGCUCAUAAACCUUUGCCUCCCAUCAUGGCCAGAUAAGUAACAUAACUGAAUUAAAUGUAUAUUCUGGAAUAUUUUUUAUUGACAGCUAAUAUACAGCAUUAAAUUGUGUAAACUAAACUGCAAGCCACUCAUCUUUUGUUACCCUUUCUGUUACGACCCUGCUCUCUUUUAUGCCAUGACUGACUGUCAAGAUAACUACAGAGCAUCUCCUUAUU